AUGGCAACUCAAAGCGAUUUAACAGGCAUUUCGACUACUACCGAAGCAGCCUCAGAUGUAGACCUUGAUCAACGAACACAAGAACAACAAAAUGAAAUCGAGAAAGAAAUUGCCGAUCAUCAACCUUUAAUAAGUGCUAAAAUUGAAACAAGUGAAUUAAAAAAUGAAUAUUUAUUAGAAGAUAAAAUUUAUCAAGAUAAAGAAUUAAUUAAAAAAUAUAAAUAUAUUCGGCGUACACGAGGUGAUGGUAAUUGUUUCUAUCGUGCAUUUGGUUUUGGUUAUCUUGAACAAAAUUUAAAUCAUAAAAAUGAACUUGAACGAUUUCGUCAACUAACACAUACUUUAAAAAAUAAACUUGUUCAAUUAGGUUAUUUAGAUUUUACUGUUGAAGAUGUUAGUGAUGUGGUUCUCGAAGUAAUUGAUAAUGUAUGCAAAAGUGCAAAUGAAACAAGUUUAAUGGAAAGUUUUUGUUCACCAGCACAUUCGGAUUACUUUGUUGCUUAUUUACGGUUAUUUACUUCGGCUUAUCUUCAAAUGAAUUCUGCAUUCUUUGAAAAUUUUAUUGAAGACGGAAAAACUGUAAAACAAUUUUGUAGUACCGAAGUUGAACCGAUGGCACGUGAAUCAGAUAAUAUUCAUAUAAUUGCCUUAGCUAAAGCAGCAGCUGUUCCUUUACGUGUUAUAUAUAUGGAUCGAAGUGAAUAUUCUUUAUUAACAACACAUGAUUUUUCAGCUACAGAUGACGACAAUAAAAAUACAUUUAAACCAAUGAUUACAAUGCUUUAUCGACCUGGUCAUUAUGAUCUACUUUAUGAACAUUAA